UCUGCGGAUUAUCUGCCGCAAACGGAUAAUUGACAGAUCACAAUUCUAGUCACUGCUGUUCGCUGUUCGCACACCUGAUCAACAAUGCCUCCCUUUACGCUGGUAGUUUUUGGCGGCCGGGUGUAUGACAUGGCCCUGGCAACAGACUUUGUGAUGAUAGGGAAGAAAUUUAUCGCAGACGGGCUAAAUCCGACAUGUCUCUCAGGUACCAAUCUCCAAGAUAUCACCAAUAUGUUCGGGCCGUUUCUGUUCGGGCGAGAGGACUUACGAGCGAGGGUCCCCAUUUACGACAGCCAGGAGGCCAUGAGGCCAUUCUAUCGACUAGAGGCCCAUGGCCUCAAAUCGCACAUCAUGAACUGGAUCAGACUUGUCUCCGGCCAGGUGCGCCCUGGCGAUCGCAUUAUAAUCGUUCUGAUCGGGCAUGGUAACCAGAGAGACAGCGCUGUCACACUAUAUCCUCAGCACGCAAAGCAGGAGUUUCUGUCCAAAGCCGAGAUGGAUGCCGCUCUCUCUAUCUUGCCGCCCAAGGUCCGCCUUUUGAUUGUCAACGAGGCCUGUUACUCCGGAACGUGGGCUAUGAUAGCCCCGGAUGUAGGUGCCCAGCGAGAUGUGCUUGUCGAGACAGCAGCCACCCUCGACGAGCAGUCCUGGAGCUAUACCUCGGGCCCCGGCCGAAACCGGUGCUCUUUGUUCGGAGCGGCAUUUGUGGAGGAGCUUACCACCUACCCCGAGGGAAGGAUCUCCCAGCGUCGCAGUCGAAUAGUCGACGAGAUGCUCCAUGUUGGGCCUGACCAGAAAACCUCUACACCGCUAGUGAUUCCCUCCGCUCGCGCUCUUCUGUCCCACAAUAUCUCACACUUCAUCCUCACACCAAGAAUUGCGACUGCCAUCACGAAUGCGGCUUCUGCUCAGGAUCCUCAUGAGGCACUUCUGCAGUCACGGACCUCUGGCCGGAAUUUUUGGAGAAGACUUCGUCGCGUGAUGAGUUCACCAGCGCAGGCGUUAGGGGGAGACAGCCCGGUGAAAGAUGGCACUGGUACUGACAUGAAAGUUCUCGUAAUAGAGAACUACCUGAAAGACCUCGGGCCGCUAAAGGCCGCGCUCGACUAUUGCACCCUUGCAACAGCCUGUCAGCUCGCUCUUGAAGGCCGUGGGCCUCCGGAUUUGCAAGACCAGGUGAUAGCUACUAUUGCCUGGCAGGCAGUCCAGAUGCAACGGGUUAGCGGAUUGCUAGAACAGCUGGCCGAGCAGGGCCUGGUAAUAGAUGUAGUCGACGUAGAAAGCGCCGAUAAAGCACUGGCAGACCACCAAGAAGACAUUGUGGUGCCCCUGGUGGAGAGGUUUCGUGACGACGACAAGCUAUCGUGUAUAAUGGAACCCCCGACUGAAGGCCAUGUUGGUGUCAACUUCAACGAUGCAGAGGACUGGCUGAUUGGAAUCUUGGCCUAUAACUGGCUGAUGUACCCGGACAAGUUCAAUCUCGAUCGCGUGGAGAAUGAGGUGGUUGCGUUUUUGGCUUAGUUUGUGUGUUUCUCGCUUUUCUUUCUGUUGCUCGCCUGAUCUGAUUUACUAGUGAGCUUAAUGUCAGUAGAGCGCUUCUGUAUCUUAUAAACAACAAAUGUGAGAGAAGCAGGUUUCUAUUGUGCGUAAAUUCAAUAUUCUCGGCUCAGAUAAGAUAUCUUCGGUUAUGUCCUGCGCAUCAAUCUAGAAAUCGCCGAUAAAGCACUGGCAGACCACCAAAAAGACAUUAUGGUGCCCCUGGUAGAAAGGUUUCGGGAGGACGACAAGCUAUCGUGUAUAAUAAACCCCCCGAUUAGAGGCCAUGGACUCUAUUCGGUACUCUAUAUAUGAUUGAACAACUGCCCAGAUCUGUUGGUCUCCUUAACAAGAAAAGCUAAUACCAUCGGUUUCUAUUCCUCACCAUGCUCUAUGCUCCCAGCCCAUCCCAAACCGUGGCGCCGAGUAAUGCUGUAGUA